AUGGAGAGGAGGCAGCUUGUGGAAGCCAUUCAAUCUUGCAGAACGCUCAAUGAUGCAAAAGAGAUUCACUUGGCAGCCCAUUCCUUUCUCUCCGCAAGCUCCGACUCCUUCCUCGCAAACAAGCUGAUUGAAAUGUACGCCAGGUGUGGAAGCCCCGCCCUGGCACGCCAGAUCUUCGACAAGAACCAAGUAAAAAAUGAUUCCUUCUCCUGGGACAUGAUGCUCUUAGCCUACACCAGCAACCGGCAGCUCGACCAGGCCCGAGAAUUCUUCCGCGCGAUGCCACAGCCCAGCGUCGUUUCAUGGAACAUUCUUCUUCGUGCAGUUGCCGAAGCAGGCCAUCUUGUGGAGGCUGAAGAAGUGUUUGAUUCUAUGCCCCAGCAUAGUCUUGUUUCAUGGAACACAAUCUUGGCUGCUUACACACAGAAUGGAUCUCGAGACGAAGCAAAGAGGGCUUUCGACUUGCUCCCACAAAAGGAUCUUGUUUCCUGGUCCGUGCUCUUGUCUGCAUAUGCCCGUGAAGGGCAUGUUGUAAGAGCCAAGGACUUGUUUGAGGCAAUGCCGAUGUGGAACAUCGUGUCAUGGACGACAAUGCUGGGAACCAUUAUUGAGAGCAAAGGUCUCGUGCAUGCAUGGGCAGUCUUUAGCGAAGAAAUGCCAGAGCACGACCUCAUAUCCUGCACUGCAAUGCUUGCCGCUUAUGCCCAGCACGGGCAUUUGGAAAGCGCUAAAGCCUUGUUCGACACAAUGCCUCAAACAAAUCUAGUUGCUUGGAAUGCGCUCCUAAUGGCCUACGUACAGUGUGAGAGGGUUGACGAAGCUAGGAUCAUUCUACACUCCAUGCCGCAACUAGAUCUAGUCUCGUGGACUACACUCUUGCAUGCGUAUGCUCAGAGCGAUCGCUUGGAGGACGCCAAGCUCCUCUUCGAUCGCUUGCCUGAGAGAGAUCUAAUCGCGUGGAACGCCAUGCUCGCCGCCUACAGCCGGCAUCACGUCGCCGAGACCAAAGCCACUUUUGAUCGAAUGCCGCAAGUGAAUGUGCUCUCAUGGAGCUCGUUGCUCGCUGCAUAUGCUCAAGCUGGAGAUUUGGAGCAGGCGAGGCGUGUGCUGGAUUCGAUGCCUCAGCUGGACCUUCC